CCAUGGUAGAUCUCAGAAUGUUUUUGUUUCCAUGACACACUAAUUCUGCAAUUAGAAGUUCUAAAGAUGCAUCAUAAGGAACUUAAUCCCAAAUGGUUACCUUCUCCUUUUUCUAUUUCUCUUCCAAGCCCAUGGCUGAAAGGUUGUUGGUAAGAGCAUUGAAGGGUGGGAAAAGCACUAAGAUUGUUACCCUGAAUGGGAAGAAGAUGACAAAGAUGCCCUCCACAUUAGAAAAACUGCCUGGCCUGAAGACUCUAGACCUUCAGAAUAACCUAAUCCCCAAAGUGUGCCCAGAGAUAACCACCUUGACCCAGUUGACCUCACUAAAUCUGGGAAACAAUCUCUUAGAAGAAGUUCCAGAAGAGAUGAAAUACCUUACAUCCCUCAGGAAGCUCCAUUUAUUUGGAAAUAGGAUUCGUAGAUUUGCAGCUGGUGUGUGUGAUGGCUUACAAAAUUUGAUCCUGCUUAAUCUGAACAACAAUCAGCUUACGUGGAUUCCUCCAGAAAUCAGCAGAUUAAGAAGUGUUACAUAUUUGAGUAUUAAUCAUAACCAGCUAGCCAGCAUUCCUAGAGAACUUUGUUUCCUUGAGAAUCUUUCUGAGCUUCAGCUUAACUACAAUCAGCUCAUUUGUGUACCUGAAGAGAUUAAAUUCUUGAAGAAGCUCCAGAAGCUGCUUCUGGUCAGGAACAACAUUGAAGUUUUGCCAGAGGGACUAUGUGAUCUUAUAAACCUAAAAAGCCUAGACAUAGCUGGAAAUAUUAUUCAGAUAUUUCCAUCAAGAUUUCAGAAUCUGAAGCUGAGGGAACUCUACUGUGAGGAAAACCCGCUGUUGCUGAGGCAGCCAGUGAAGGCUGUAGGACAGGAGGACGUCUGGACUCUGCAGGAAAUAACAUCAAGAUUUAUAAUGAAUCAGCUAGCAGAAAAGAAUCUUUUCCUAAUGCAAGCCAUAGAAUGGUACCCACAGGUCAGGAACAUGAUCUCUCAGGGAAGAAAAUGUGCAAUAUGUGGAAAGUCCUUUUUAACAGUAUGGCUGGAAUGUGUUGAAUUUGUUCCUCCAUCAAAGAACUGGAAGAUAAGCAGAAAUCUACAACUGGUACCUCUUCGAAUAUUAAUUUGUUCUUACAAAUGUUUUAAUCAGCGUGGCCCUAACCUCUUUGGAAUUGCUCAAGCGUAGAGUAGGUGAGAGGCUCAUUUAGAGCCUCAUAUGACUUGUCCUGUCAGCUCUGCACACAGUCAAAUUAUGCCCUACUUAUAAUACCAUGCUGUGUUUCUUCUCUUUAUCAAUACAUUAAGCAAAGGACGAAAAAUAAUUUAAUUGUAAAGAUCCCAAUUUAAGCACUACAAUCUACCUUCAGAUUAUUUGGACUCUAGUUGUGCUGUUUCUUCUUUGACUUAAAAACAAAAUAAAAAAUGGAAAAAUAAAGAUCUGUGUGGCAAGUGAGUGUUAUUCUUUCCUGUCUUUUAUGACCACCACCCUCCUUUUCUAGUAUUAAGAGACUUUGAUGGGGACAAGAUUUACUUUAUGAAUUUGUG